AUGGACACAUAUAAUAGCGUGUCUGUAAAGGGAAUUGAAUUUGAUUGGAGCUCUAGAACGAUACCUAUUGGGGACGAGUAGCUAUUAAUAGCUUAAAACAUAAGGGGAUAUGAUUAGUUGUUUUAAGUUCAAUUAAUGGUGUUAGACAUAAUGAAAAAUGAAGUAGUCAAACAAAUAACGAUCGGAGGAGUUGAAGAGAGUAACUAUUGUCCAGAUAUAAUAAUUAUGAAUAAUUCAAUUUUUAUAGCUUUUAUCAAUGAAAAGGGAAGUGUGUUGAACGUAUUGAUGAAAAAAUUUAGUUUAUCUCUUGAAGAAACAGAGGUAGAAUUAAAUUUAGGAGAAACAUUGUAAGAGGCAAAAUCAAAUUAAAAUAUAUAAUUUAUAUACUUAAGUCAGUUAAAUUAAAAUUUAUUGUCAAUUUAAUGGUAUUCAAAGGGAAAAGAUUAUCCUACUAAAUAAUGGAAUGUGAUAUUGUAUAAUCCUAUCACGAAUGUGUUAGGUGAGAGAAUUAUAUUGCCUGAUAGUGAUUUUAUAUCAAUUGCUAUAAAUAGAUAGGGAGUUAUUGCAAUAGCUUAGACAGAUAAUGAAUACAUUAUAUUAUCUAAAUUAUAUUAAGGUAAACUUAGUACAAAAGCAAUUUAAAGCACUGUUUAUUAUGGUUAUCGACGAAGAAUUAAAAUAAGUAGUUUACCUACAAAUGAAUUCAUAGUUAUUACAUAUACAUCAGAUUAAAAUUUUAGAUUAAGAAGGUUUGAUAGGAAUUUUGAAGCUAUUCAUAAUCCUAUUAAAAUUGAAUCUGGUUAUUGUGGUACAAUUUUAGUCCAAGGGAUUGAUAUUGCAUUCAUGGAUUCUUAAUUAGUAUUAGUAUAUAAAUGCGAUAAUGAUAUAAAAAUCUUAUAAGUUGAACUAAUGAAUUAUAAAGAUGAUUAAUAUCUUUCUGAAUAAUCAAGAUAUAUAGAAAUUGAUAAUACAUAAAAUAUCUAAUCAAUGUAGAUUAAUUAUAUUGAUCAUAAUCGAUUGUUAAUUAGAUGGUUUACACCAAAAUAUUAUUACAAUAAAUUAUAAGUUUAGUUAAUAGAUAUGAACUUAUUAAUUAAUGAAUGUAUUUUAAAUUGUGAUAGAUGUGAUAAAUAAUUUAGGUGUCAGUAAUGUAAAGAAAAUUAUUAAUUGGAUAUAAUAAAAAAUGAAUGUUUACCAAUUUGUCCAGAUAAUUGUUUACAUUGUUCUGAUGCUACUUAUUGUGAUAAAUGUAAGUUAGGAUAUUAAUACACUAAAGAAAACUUAUGUAUAAGUCCAAUUAAUAAUUUUAUUGAUUUAAAAGUAAGUAGUGAACCAGAAUUAAAAGGUAAAGGAAGAAUAUUUAACAAGGAAUUGUAUUUGAUAAUUAUUUAUAGUAUUAUUAAGAAUGAUAAGUAAUAAUAUUUGGUGAUUCGAAAACUUGACACUAAAGGGAAAUUAUUGAAGAAAGUUGAAUUUUAAAAAGAUUUAUAUACAAUAUUAGAUUAUGAUAUUGCUGAUUCUUUUUAGGAAGAUGUCUUUCUAAUAUUAAUAAAAUGGAUAUCAGAAAAUGGAUCAACAAAAAUCAUAAACUAUUAAUAUUACUUAGAAGAUUUAACUAUUAAGGAAGAAUCUUUAAUCACAGAAUCAUCUCAAUAUAUGAUUGGAGAUUAAAUUAAGAUUGUCAAUUAUAAAUAGAAUAAUCUAGCUUAUUUUUAUUUAAUUAAAAAUAAAGACCAAUAUUAUUAACUCAAAUAUACUAGAAUUGAUUAAAACAAUAUCAUUUAUGACUAUAAUGGUCUUAACUUUGAUUAAAAAGGUAAUUACGAGAUAGCUUCGUUUAGAUCUGCAGAUGGAACUGAUUAUAUUCAAGUUAAAGACGAUUUUUAUCUUCAUUAAUGUACAAUUUAUGAUACUUACUUGUCAUGUUCUAAAUACUAUAAUGAAGAUAGAAUUGAAUUCUUAUCUUAGAAAUUAUUUCAAAUUGAUUCAGUUUCAUUAUAUAUAGAUCAUGAUAUUUAUUGGAACAAGCAAUUAUAUCUCAAUAAUACUAAAGACUAUAACAUAUAAAUUACAUAAACAUCAAGAAAUCCUGAAAAUCAUACAUUCAUUUAGAUUGGACAAGAUAAUAUUAUAAUUUUAUGGUCUGGUAUCUCAAAUAUUUAAGAAAGCAAUCCAAUACCACAUAUAUAUAUUUAAGGAGUUUCUAAAAAAACUAAUUAAACUACUAAUUUGAAAUCUUUUAUUUGUCCUUCUGCUUGUAUUAAAUGUUCAGAAACUGGGGUAUGUUUAUAAUGUAAGAAUACAAAUUACAGUUUAGAAAAAGGAAAGUGUAAAUUAAAAUGUAUUAAUAAUUGUGAAUCUUGUUUAGUAGAGAAUGAAUGUUUAAAAUGUAAUUCAAACUAUUUCUUGGAUUCAUUCUCUUAAUGUGUAGAAUAAAAAAAAGAUUAAAUUUAGUAAUAAUAAAAUAAUAUAUAUCCUACAGUAUUCUAAAAUGCAGAUGGCACAGUAUCUAUAGUAUCAUUUAAGCUUAAUAGUACUAAAUAUGAAGUUAUUUAUGAGGAAUUUGAUAGAUAAGGAUAAUCUAUAUCAGGAGAAAUCAGAAUUACAAAUGAUAGUAAUUUAACUCUAUUAUUAUAAUAACCUAAAUUAAUUAAAAAAGGUUAAUAUAUUGUAAUUAAUUAUAUCACAAGAGAUGAAUUAAAUAGUUUUUAAUAUAAAGCUAUCUUUGUUACCUUAGAUUAUUCCUAUCAAAUACUUUAAAAUAAUGUCUAAUUUACAUUAAAUAAUGAUGCUUUAAUUGAUUUUUAUGUAAUUGAUAGUAUAUUACAUAUAUUCUAUGUUUAAGACUAUUAUAAUAGCAGGCCUUGGUUAUAUUAUAAUCAAUAGAAAAUUCAAAAUGGAUUCAUGACUAAAUAAUAUGAGACAUAUUAUUCAAAUGCAUUUGUUGAAAAGACAAGAUAUUAAAACUUUAGAUUAUGUUCAUUUGUCGCUCAAAAUAAGUUUUCAAUAUAAUAUACUGAAGUAGGAGGAAUCGAUUAGCUUGUAUAUUUAGUAGAUUAUGUAAAAUUAACAUCAACUAAAUCUACAAUUACAAGUUAUUAUGAAAAUUACCAAAAUCAUUUAUAACUUUAUACAAUUUAAUAUAAGGCUUUUAGCAAUAAAAAAUUAAGUAUUCAAUUCUUAAAUUAGAAAUCUUCUCUUUUAAAUGAAGUCUUAAUAGAAUCAACAACUGAAUUAUCAAGAUUAUAAGUUUUGACUACUUAAUAAUUUAUAUACAUUUUAUAUGUUGAAUAAUCAUAAUCAAACAUUGCAAUUAUAAAUAUCAGAUAAUAUGAUUUGAAUGGAUUAUAAAUAGCUACAACUCAAAUUAAUUCAAAUGAACAAAGUAUUGAUCAUUUAAGUUGCAACAUUAAUGAAUUUAUUUAUAUAACUUGGAGUUCAUUAAGAAAUUUAAAUUCAUAUAAAAUAAGAUUAAAUUAAAAAUUAUAAGCAAUUCCAUUUAAUAAUUAAAUAUGCAUUUCUAGAUGUGCAGAUUGUACUAAUGAUAGAAUUAUGUGUGCUUAAUGUUCAGAUGGAUAUUAAUUUGAUGAAUUAAAAUUGUAAUGUGUACCAAUUUGUUCAGUCAACUGUUAAAAUUGCACAUCUCCUAAUACGUGUGAUUAUUGUUAUGUUAAUUUCAAAUUCAUAGACAAUAAAUGCCUUAAUGUAACUGAAUAUUAAUUGGAAAUACCAAUUUGUUAAUAAAAUUGUUAAGGAUUAGGUUCACUUUUAACUUUUGAUGAUAAUUCAAUGAUCACAACCUUUUACAAUUAUCAAAACUAAUAGCAUAGUUUGAAUUCAAACAUAUAUUAAUUAGAAUCUAAUAUUGUAACAUAAAAGUAAUUAAUUACUUCUGAUACAGUUAUCCCAUACCAUAUAACUUAUGAAUAUGAAUCUAAAAAAUUUGCUCUUGUCUGGUUAAGUGGCAAUUGUGUUAUAUCAUGCAGAAUGAUGUUAUAAUUAUUCUAAUAAAGCUUUGUUGUUAUAACAAAUCCAAUUGAAUUAAGAGUACUUUAAGUACUCAAUGUUGAUGAAUUUGAAAUCUAAAUUAAAACAUUUAGUACAGAUCUUGUGAUUGUUUGGACUGAAAUCAAUCAAAAUUCUAUUUAAUAGUCAUAUGUUGGAAUUUAUAAUACAAAUAAUGGGUUUUAAAUAAAAUAAAAUUUAAAUGAAAAUGAAGAUGAUAUCUCUAUCUAUCCAUAAUUAUUGAUUUAGACUUCAUCAUAUCAAAUAAUCUAUCUUAAGAAUAAUAACAUAAUAAAUUCAUUAACUAUAGAUAGUACAACUGCAACAUAUAAACAAAUAUAUGAAACUUCAUAUUAAAUUGAUUCUAUUUCAUCAGAAAAUAUUGAUAGCAGUGGAUUAGCAAUUGGAUGGAUUGAGAAGGAAAUUAAUCAAUUUGGAAUGGAAAAUUAUUAUGUAUAUAUCUAAUGGUUUGAUAGAUAACUAAAUUAAUAAGCAAUUAAACGAGCUUCCAUAAAUUCUUUAAUAAAAAUUAACAAUCUAAAUCUGAAAUAUAUAUAUAAUUAUGGUUAGUUACAAUUAACAUUCAUAUAAUUUGAAAAUACACAAUAAUAAAGGAUUCGUCAAUAAUUUUAAAAUAUACAUUUUUUAAAAUAUGGAUCUUAUUAAGUUUUCUAAACAAGUCCAUUAAAUAUUUUAAGCUAAUAUAAAUCUUAUUCUAAAUUUUAGGCCUAUGUGAAUCCUAAAAAUUAUAUGUCUUAUGUAGUCUUUUAAGGAGUGAUGAAUAAUGUUAAUUAAAUAUUCUUUAUAGAAAAGAAAGAAUAAUAAUCAUAUUAAGAUAAUUGUGAAACAAAUUGUUUUUAUUGUAAUACAAAUAAUUAAUGUAUAAUUUGCAAAGAAGGCUAUUCGUUAUAGAAUAACAAAUGUUCUUUGAAACUACCAAAUAAUUGCGCUGCUAUUAGUUAUGGUAGAUGUUCAUAAUGUAAUAUUGGAUAUUCAAUUACAACAGAUUAUAAAUGUUAAAUAAGUGAUUCUAAAUAUAAAGAGAUAAAAAUGAAUGAAUAUUCUGCAUAGAGUAGAUAGAGAGUAUCAUCAUUUUAGAAUGGAGAUUAUGUAGUUGUAUGGUCAACAUAAUUUUAUUAAAAUGAAGGUACUAGUGUUUAUAUGUCAUUGUAUGAUUCAUAAGGUAUAAAAUUAAAAGAUGAGACAAGAGUUACUGAAUCUUCAGCAGGAAUUUAAUCACAUCCAGAUAUUUAAGUAUUAAGUAAUGAUGAAAUUGUUGUUAUUUGGGUAGAUGGUAAUAUUAUAGUAAAUGCAGAUAUCAAGAUGUAAAGAUUUAAUAAGGAUUUCUAAAGAAUUGGAACUGAAGUUAUUGUAUAAAAUAGUAUUCAUCUAUCUUAUGCUAAAUCACUUGAUACACCAAUUGUUAUUUAAUAGACAAUUAAUGGAUUUGUAGUAGUUUGGGCAGAAUAAGCAAGUCAAAAUUAAAUAUCAUUAAUUGCUAAAUUCUUUGACAACAACAAUAAUAUGCUUCAUUUUUAAGUUGUUACUGAAAAUGAAUUAAUAAUCAAUGAACCAGUUAUUGCUUCUACAUAAACUAUUAUUGUCAUUGUUUGGUAAACAAACAAAGGAAUCUUUGCAAGUUCAUUUAGCUUAAAUUUUAUAUUAAUUGAUAAAGUAUAAUUAUCUUCGACAGGAUAAAGUCCAUCAAUAAGCUCAGUAGAUAAUUAUAUGAUUAUUGUUUGGAAAGAAUAUGUUAUUGAUGAACAUGAUUUCAUGAGUUAAAAAAUAAGAUUUAGAAAAGUAUCAACAAAUUUACAUUAAUAUGAAUUUUAAAAUAACUUUGGUAUUCCAUAAGAAAAUUUAGAUAACCCAGAUGUAAUUUAAAUUGAAAAUGGAUUUGUCAUUAUUGCUGAAAGUGUUUCUACAUAAAAUGAUAAAGUUAGAACUAUCUAAUUAUAAGUAUUUAAUUUAGAUGGAACAUCAAAAUCAUAAUCUGUACUUGUAUAUUCUGUUUCUAAUUUGUACCCACAUCAUCCUUAAUUGAUAAGUUUACCAUAAGGAAAUUUCAUUGCUUCAUGGACAAUUAGUUCUUUAAUAUCAUAAAGCUUAAGUGAUGAUGUUUAUAUGAAGAGAUAUAAAAGUGAUGGUACUUAAUUACAACUAAACACAAUUAUUUGUUCAGAACAUUGUUAAACAUGCACAACCAGCAAUACCUGCUAAACUUGUAAGCAAAACUAUAUUCUAUUUAACGAUUUAUGUUACUUACAAAUUAAUCAUUGUGCCACUCAUUUAAUUGAAAAUUCAAUUCUUAUUUGUAGCACUUGUAAUGAUGGUUUCGAUUUGAUUAAAAAUAAUUGUUAUUAAAUUAGUACAAUAUCAAAUGAAUAAACAAUAGAAUUAGCGUAUGAUAAGAAUAAUUAAAAUUAAUUCAAAGUGAUAGCUUUUUCUAAUGGUGAUCUAUUAUAUUUUUGGAUUGGGAAUACUGUAAUAAUGACUCAACGAUUUGAUAAAUAUGGAAAGAGAUAUUCUAUUCCUAAAAAGUUAGAGACUGGUUAUUCUUGUAGUGAGUGCUCUGAUUUAUGGUUUUUUGAUGUUUGUAAACUCGCUGAUGAUUUCUUUGUAGUGAGCUAUAAAUAUAGCUCUUCAGGAGGUUUAUAUGCAAGAAUUUUCAAUUAAAAUUAGGAAUCUAUUGAGGAAUAUUCUUUUAACUCUUAUAUAGGAAGUUCUAAUUCUAUAAUAUUAAAUAAGUAUAGUAAUUACGUUUUGUAAUUGAAAUAAUUGGAUGAUAUGAAAAUUGCACUGAUAUAAAUGCUUAUGAUAUCAGAUAUUCCUGCAUUAUAAUUAACAAUAAUACCUUAUUAUAUUGAUAGUUCAUAUAGAAUUAAAUAAUCAAAUACACAAUAAAUCUAAUUACUAUCUUAUUCUUAGUUUUAACAUUCUUAAGAUAUUGACAUCUUUGUGAUUGAAAAUGAAAUAAAAUUAUUUUAUAGAGCAGAUCCAUUGAUAAGUUUUAGAGAGAAUAAUUUUGAUACUCUUGGUGUUUUGCUAAAUAUAAACACUAUCAAGAAAUCGAAUAAUUAAAUAGAAUUUAAAGUAAUUUCAUUAAAUUCGGAAAGCUAUUUAUGUAUUUGGACAUCUAUUGAAUCAUUUAAAUAUGAAGUAUUCUACUAAAUAAAACAAAGCAAAGGUAUUAAUGUAACCAGUCCAUAAAAAGUCUCUACUGGAAAUGAAAUCUAUAAGUUGGAUUUAUAAAUUAAUAUACUUUCAGAUUCAAUAAUGAUCACUUGGAGAGAAGGGUCAUAUACUUAAGAUAUGAGUUUAAAUUCUCUUUAUAAAUUUAUAUUGAUAUCAAGAGAUACUUAUUAAUUGAUUGGUGAAGUUAUUACUAUUAAUAAAGAUAAUAAUAAUAUGAAAUCAUUAAGUAAUCUUAGAGUAAAUGAAUUACCAAAUCAAGAUAUUGUAAUUAGUAUUAUGUUUUAUCACAUAUUAUUGGAAACCUAAACUAUCAUUUCAUUCAAAUUCAAUCAAGUAGGUCAGAAAUUAGAAUUCUCUUAAAUGAGAUGUGGAUAUGCUUGUCAAGAAUGUAAUCAUUAAGGACUCUGUCUCAAUUGUAUGAAUCCUACUUUAUAUUUAUUGUAAGAUGAUGGAACUUGCAGAAAAAGACCAUAAAAUUGUCUUAAUUUUAAAACUAAUUGCAAUGAUUGUAUUGAUGGUUAUUACAAAACAUAAUAUCUUACUUGUGAAAAAAUCAAUCAAUUUAUAGAAACAUCUAUUCAAUUUGACUAUGAUAAAUAUUACUAUUUCUAUCAAGUAGCUUCAUAUCCUAAUGGAAAUUUUGUUAUUGUUAGUAAUAAGGAUUACAAAGUUUUAGAAUUAAACUAUUAUCUAAGUAAUGGAGUUGCCUAAAUAUCAUAACUCAAAAUAAUUAAUCUUUAAAAUAUUUAGAGGAUUAAUAGUUACUCUCUUACUAUUGAUGAUAAUAAUUUAUUAACAAUAUUUUAUAAUGUUAUGCCAGAAUCAUAUUCAGAGUAAAAUAAGUAUUACUAUCAAUAAUUUGAUCAAAGCUUUAAUUAACUUACAGAACCAAUAUUAUUUUAUUCAGGGUUGAAAAAUAAUGAAUAGACCACCAUGUAUACUAAAAUUCUGAAUAGUGGAUAAUUUAGUAUAUUAAUUUAGAGUAGAUAUGAUAUCUACAUUUAAAUCAUGAAUUCUAAAUAUGAAUUUGUUGCAAAUUAGAUUGUCCCAUUUAGUGAAAAUUUUGACUUAGUUUCAAAUGGAGAACAAAUAGUGUUUGCUUACACAACGGAUAAAAUUUGUAUUAUUAAAAUUUUUGAUUUAAAGUUAAGAUUAAUUAAAUAUUAAACAAUCGAUGAUGGAGGAUUAGUAAAAUUAACAUUAAAUUAACUCAAAUAAUUUGUUUUAAUCACUAAAACAUAAAUCAAUCUUAUUAAAUCAGGGUUGAUAUUAGAAUCCUUUAAUACUACAUUAUAUAAUUUAUACCCCAUACGAAUAGCGAUAAGUGAUAUAAAUGAAAUUGUCAUCUUAUCAUUCAAACAAAACUCAAAGUCUCUUCUUUUGUUUUAUUUUUCAAUGAAAGGGGUACUUAGAAAUCUGAUCUAAGUUAAUAUGUAAUAUACUGAAAUUUAACCCUAAUUUACCUGGUUGUUUAAAACACAAAAUAAUAACUUUAUAGUAAUCUAUCAUUCAGGAUCAGGAAUUUAUUAUUGGAAGAUAAAAUUAGCCAGAUUUGAUUAGAUGGGAGUUUCGAGUUCUGUUGAUUAGAUUAUCUGUCCUAAUGGUUGUGUUUCUUGUCAAACAUCUAUAGCUUGUGAUAUUUGUAGUUUUGGAUAUCAAAAAAAUGAUGUAACUUAACUUUGUGAAAAAUUUUGCACUUCAGAUGGUUGUAGUAAAUGCAAAUUUAGCGAUUGUGAUGAAUGCUCUGAAGGAUUUUAAUUUAAUAAUAAAGGCUAAUGUGUGAUUAUUGAAUAAUCUAAUGAAAAUCCUAUUGAUCCUUACGAUCCUAAUUAUGAGGAAGAAAUUAAAGAUCCUGUAGAUCCAAUUAUUCCUGUAGAUCCUAUAGAUUCUGCUGAUCCAAUAUAUCCUAUAGAAAUUGGAACUAUAGAGCAUCCUAUUGAAAAGCAAUGCAAUCUAUAAAUGCAAAAUAAAUUAAUUAAUUUCGUUAACAAUCGAUAUGCAAUCAUCUAUAUUUGUAAUGAGCUUCUAAGUGCAAAAUUAUUUAAUUAAGAUGGUUAAGAGAUACAGAGCUUUAGUAUCACAAUCGAAAUUAUAUUUAUUUUUGAUGCUACAUUCUUUGAUAAUUAAAUUAUUUUAGCGUUUGUCUUUACAAAUAAGCCAAAACAAAGCCAAAUCUUUUCUAUUGAUGAUAAAUUUUAAAGUAUUGUUCAUAAAUAAGAAACAACAUACGAUUCCGAAAUAUAAAGUAUCAAAAUAUAACCUUUAAUUCAAAACUUUGUAAUUUUAAUCUCAAAUGAUAAAAAAAUUGAAUUUGAAUAAAAAACUACUAUUUGUUAUUCCUAAACUCUUACUAUUUAUGAUAAUUUAUAUACAUAAACUGUCAAUAAAUUAGAUAUCAAUUAUCCAGAUGGUAUAACUCCGAAUACUUGCAACCAAAACAAAGUUUAGGAAAUUAAAGUAUUUGAAAAUAUAAUUUAUACAUUAUCAAUUAGUUCAUUAGAAGCAUAACUUAUAUCGAUGGAUACUUUUGGAGUAGUUCAAAACACAUUUAAGUUAGAUGUUCCAAAUAUAGAUAAAAUAAAAUUUGAUAUUAAUCUUGAUACUGUGAGUUUUAUAUACAAAACAUUUGAUACAUAAAAUUGGAAUUUAAGAAUAUGUAAUAGACUUCUUAUUAUUAUCUUUGUCAAAAUUAAUUAUAUUCCUGGAAAUUUAAAUGUUUAACUUUCUUCUGUAGAAAAUAGUUUAUUUGUAUCUUGGAAUGAAAAUAAUAGUAUUUCAAGUUCAUAUUAUGAGUUAUUAGAUUCAUUUGGAAAUCAAAUCUCAAAAGGAGUAAUUAAAAGUAGUACAUAAAUUGAAAGUCCUUAAAUUGAAGUAUUGAUGAAUUCUUUCAUAUCCUUAACUUGGACAAAUAAAAAUAAAGAUUCACAGUGGGGGCUUUCUUAUGCCAUUAUGAAUUAAAAUGGAAAUUUCGUUGAUGCAAUAGAAAUUCAAUGUUCUUUAAAUUGUAAAACAUGCACUAACAAAAAUUUAUGUACAACCUGUGAAUUAGGAUAUAAUUUAAUACAAAUUAAUUAAAAUGAAAACUUGUGCUUAAAGGAGUGUGAUUAAAAUUGUAUUAAUUGUGAUAAUUUGGGAAGAUGCUACUAAUGCGUGGAAAAUUAUUAUUAGUCAAAUUAUUAAUGUAAAUUUGAUGAAAUUUAAUCUAAAUCAGUAAGAAUUAAUUAAUACUCGUAACAGAGUUAGACAUAAUAAUAAGGAGCAAAAUUUAGUGAUGGUUCUAUCAUAGUUGUUUGGUCAAGUAAUUAUUAAGAUGGUGACAGUUGGGGAGUGUAUGCCUAAUUAAUUGAUAAUGCUGGUGUUAAAAUAGGAGACAAUAUAAAAAUUAGUUUGAAUUCUUAAGGAGCUUAACAUUCUCCUUAUGCAGCUGUAUUAAAAUAUGAUAAAGUUUUAAUAAUAUAUAUUGAUGGAGAUCCUUCCAAUGGUAAUGCUAUUUUGAGAGCUUAAAAAUUCGAUCAACCGAUGGGAAGAAUUGGAGAUGAGUUUUAAGUUGCUUAAAUUUAUAAUAGUAAUUACAGCUUAAAUAAAGAACUUAUUUGUAAAGUGUUAAAUUUAAAAAAUGGAGGAUUUGUUAUUGGAUAUGUAAAUGAACUUUAAAAUACCUAUUAAAAAUUCAUUCAUCUAAAAUUUUAUGAUUAAUAGGGUGACUUUGUAGUUGAAUAAUAAAUUGAAAUCUCAAUCAAAAAUUGGUAAGAUUCUUUAGAAAUCGCUUCUACAGAAUUCAACGUUGCUGUAAUAUAUGAAACUGAUUUAUUUUUAUCUAAUGUUAACUUAUAUUCUUUGGAUGGAUAAUUCCUAUCAAAUAAAUAAUUGAACCAAUUUAAUUAACAAACUAUAAGCUAGCAAACUUUAAGUAGCACGAAUUCAUAUUAUGGAUUAGGAUUCCAAUAAUUUGAAUAAGAUAGAUUCUUUGUUAAGCUUUAACUGUUUGAUCAAUAUUUUAAUGAGUUAGGAGAUAUAUAAAAUGUUAAAGUUUUAGAACCUUAGAACGGAUAUAUACAGUUUAUAAAAAUUAAUGAAUACAAUGAAGGACUAUAGAUUUUAGUUUCAAUGAAAGCUAAUUAAUAAUAAGUUUAAGAGCUUUAUCUAGUUAAAGAUCAGCAAAUCUACUAUUUAAAUUAAUUUUACUUAUCUGAUAAUGUUUACCAAUAACAAUAGAAAUCAAUAAAUAUCAUCUAAUCAGUGAAUUAGAAAUACUUUUUACUUUGGGUAUAAUUCAAUUAAAUGAAUAACAUAGAUAAGUCGAAUAUUCACUAUUCACUUUUAUCAAAAGAUCAAUAAAUAUUAACAUAAAAUUAGAUUGUUUGCUAAUUAAAUUGUUUCAAAUGUGAAUAGCCAACUCUUUGUGAUCAAUGUUUUGAUGGUUAUAAUUAUAAUCAAAAUGAAUGUUAGCCAAUUUGUGAAACUAAUUGUGAAAUAUGUUUUAUUCCAUCUUAUUGUAAUAAAUGCAGUAAGGGUUACUAUUUACAAGAAGAAGGAAAAUGCUCUGCUAUCUCAAUAAAUUAAUAAGAACCUUAAGUUUUAUUAUAAUAUUAACCAACCGAAAAGUUACUUGAGUUAGAAAAAUUAAAUCUUGUUGAAUUGGCUUCAUUUACUUAGAUCAACCCCUAGUAAUUUAGUGUUAAAAUUAUGGUUGGAGAAUAAGUAAUAAGAUCUUAUACCAUUAAUGGCUUAAUACCUGAUUAUCAAUCUGUUGAAAUCUUUUAUUAAGAAACAAAUAUUAUCUUGGUGUAUUAUCAAGAAACCUAAGUUCGAAUUCAAACGUUUGAUCAAAAUUAAAAUUUAAUAAAUGAUGGCUUAUUACCCUUUUCAUAAUUCCCAGAGUUUUAGCUCAAGCCAGAAAACGUGAUUUUAGAACCAAUCUUGGGUUCUUAAUAUUCUCUUACGUUUUAUGAAUAAACUUUCUAAACAAUAGAAAAAAAGGUUUCUUUUAAAUUUUUCAAUGUACGAUUAGAUUCAAUGUUAACAAAAAUAGAUAAUUUUAGGGAUUUCUUUUAGACCCAAGAUUGGAUAUAAUUCAUUGAAAAAAGAAAAAAUUACUUUAUAAUGUUUAAUUUUGCCUAGGUGACGAUUAUAAGAUAGGAUUAAUUUGAAUAUUAAAGCUGUCAGCAAUUUUAAUUGCAUGAUAGGUUUUCAUGCAGCUAAUUUUCAUGCCAAAAUGGAAAUCAAAUUGCAAUAUCUGAAACGUUAUCAAAGGUGUCUUACAUGGAUGAUGUGUAGAAUUCUGGUGGCAAGAUUAUUAAUUAUAAAAUCUAUAAUUAAAAAGCAGGAACUAUAAUUUAAGAAACAACAGUUUUGAAUUAAGGGUUCAGUCGAUAGAGACUCAUUAAAUUGUUCACAUAUACUAAUUCAUUUGCAACAUUUAUAGAACAAUAAAAUUACAAUAUUAAUUCAAAUUAAAGACAAUUGGUAGUUCAAUAUAUAUAUAAUACUGGUAAAAAAAUUGGUGAUUACAUAUAUAUUUGUUCUUAUGAAGAAAAUACUUUCAUGGAAAUAAUCUAAUUCUAAAAUGGAUUCAAAAUAUAUUGGUAGAAAUAAGAAUGUGAUGAUUAGGGAUGUUCUAAUAAUUUAGUAUGGAAUACAUAUGAUAGAGAUAAUGAUUUACCAGAUCCAUCUGAGCCUCAAAUAAUCAUUAAUGAUCCAAUUAAAGAUGGAAAAGGCAUUGAAGUUGCAGAAAAAUGUACUUAAGAGAUGAUGAAAAAACUUAUUAAAUUCUCUAACAACGACUAUGCUAUUUUAUAUAUUUGUUAGAAUAUUAUGAGAAUGAGGAAAUUCGAUAAGGAAGGUUUAUAACUAAACUUUAUUGAAGUUACUCUUGAAUUGAUUCAUUUAUUUGAUACAACUGUAAUAAAUAAUGAAAUCUAUGUAAGUAUGGUUGAUACUUUAGAUAAGAGAAUAUGUAAAAUAUAUAAAUUAGAUUAAUUCACAAACACUUUGAUAUUUUAACAGGAUUAUAUUCAUGAUUCAUAAAUUUUUGAUAUUAAAAUGGAGGGAUUGCAAAUUUAGUAUGUCCUUUUAAUAUCAAGUUUCAAAAACUAUAUUUUUGAUAAUGAAUCUUUAGUUGGACGUUCUUAAUCAUUAAUUAUAUAUGAUACAUCAAAUGUGAAAAUCUUUGAAAAAAUAGAUAUCAAUUAUCCUGAAUUAAUGACAAUUGAAAAUUGUGAUAAAAGCUUUAUCAAAGCAUUAAAAGUUUUAGAGGAUAGAAUUUAUUUAGUAAAUGUGAAUUAGAAUAAUGCAAAUUUAAUUCAAUUAGAUAUCAAUGGAGUCUAAUUAUCAUCCAAUAUAUUAGAUAUUCCUAAUAUAGCAGAAAUCAAAUUUGAAAUAUCAAAAGAAUUGAUUGUCUUUUUUUAUUAACUGUUAGGCUAGUCAUAAUGGGGAAUGAGAAUUUACACUCAGAUAAUGGUUAUAAUUUAUAUUAAAGAAGAUGUCUUAAUGGAAAUCAAAGAUCUUUCAAUAGCUGUUUCUGAAGUUGCAAUUACCUUAAGUUGGAGUGAAGUGAAUGAACAGGAAAUAUUCUAUUAAACUAUUGAUAAAAUGGGAACAAUUAUUAAAUCUGGAUCAAUAAAGAAUGAUUAAUAAAAUAGCAAGCCUAUGCUAAUAGUUUUAUUAAAUAUUUAUGUUGGAUUUGUCUGGGAAGUUCAAAACAUUUAAGAGCUACGAGGAUUGCAGCUAUCUAUAAUGAACAACCUAGGAGAAUUUUCCAGAUAGAUGCAAAUAAUUUGCUCUCCUAAUUGUCUUUAAUGUGCAAAUAAUUAAUUGUGUACAAACUGUGAAUAAGGAUAUUAUUUAAUACAAAUUAAUUAAAAUUAAAACUAAUGCUUAAAGGAGUGUGAUAAAAAUUGUAUUAAUUGUGAUAAUUUGGGAAGAUGCUACUAAUGCGUGGAAAAUUAUUAUUCGUCAAAUUAUUAAUGUAAAUUUGAUGAAAUUUAAUCUAAAUCAGUAAGAAUUAAUUAAUACUCAUAACAAAGUUAAACUUAAUAAUAAGGAGCAAAAUUUAGUGAUGGUUCUAUCAUAGUUGUUUGGUCAAGUAAUUAUUAAGAUGGUGACAGUUGGGGAGUUUAUGCCUAAUUAAUUGAUAAUGCUGGUGUUAAAAUAGGAGACAAUAUAAAAAUUAGUUUGAAUUCUCAAGGAGCUUAACAUUCUCCAUAUGCAGCUGUAUUACACUAUGAUAAAGUUUUAAUAAUAUAUAUUGAUGGAGAUCCUUCCAAUGGUAAUGCAAUUUUGAAGGCUUAAAAAUUUGAUAAAUUUAUGCAAAGAAUAGGAGAUGAAUUUUAAAUUGCUUAAAUUUAUAAUAAAAAAUACAGCUUAAAUAAAGAUUAUUCUUGUAAAGUAUUAAAUUUUAAAAAUGGAGGAUUUGUUAUUGGAUAUGUAAAUGAACUUUUGACUAAUUAAAAAUUUAUUCAUCUAAAAUUCUAUGAUUAAGAGGGUGACUUUGUACGUGAAUAAUAAAUUGAAACAUCAUUCAACAAUUGGUAAGAUUCUUUUGAAAUUGCUUCUACUGAAAACAACGUUGCUGUAAUAUAUGAAACUGAUUUAUUUUAAUCUAAUGUUAAUUAAUAUUAUUUGGAUGGAAAAUUCCGAUCAAAUAAAUAAUUGAACCAAUUUAAUUAACAAACUAUAAGCUAGCAAACUUUAAGUAGCACGAAUUCAUAUUAUGGAUUAGGAUUCCAAUAAUUUGAAUAAGAUAGAUUCUUUGUUAAGCUUUAACUGUUUGAUCAAUAUUUUAAUGAGUUAGGAGAUAUAUAAAAUGUUAAAGUUUUAGAACCUUAGAACGGAUAUAUACAGUUUAUAAAAAUUAAUGAAUACAAUGAAGGACUAUAGAUUUUAGUUUCAAUGAAAGCUAAUUAAUAAUAAGUUUAAGAGCUUUAUCUAGUUAAAGAUCAGCAAAUCUACUAUUUAAAUUAAUUUUACUUAUCUGAUAAUGUUUACCAAUAACAAUAGAAAUCAAUAAAUAUCAUCUAAUCAGUGAAUUAGAAAUACUUUUUACUUUGGGUAUAAUUCAAUUAAAUGAAUAACAUAGAUAAGUCGAAUAUUCACUAUUCACUUUUAUCAAAAGAUCAAUAAAUAUUAACAUAAAAUUAGAUUGUUUGCUAAUUAAAUUGUUUCAAAUGUGAAUAGCCAACUCUUUGUGAUCAAUGUUUUGAUGGUUAUAAUUAUAAUCAAAAUGAAUGUUAGCCAAUUUGUGAAACUAAUUGUGAAAUAUGUUUUAUUCCAUCUUAUUGUAAUAAAUGCAGUAAGGGUUACUAUUUACAAGAAGAAGGAAAAUGCUCUGCUAUCUCAAUAAAUUAAUAAGAACCUUAAGUUUUAUUAUAAUAUUAACCAACCGAAAAGUUACUUGAGUUAGAAAAAUUAAAUCUUGUUGAAUUGGCUUCAUUUACUUAGAUCAACCCCUAGUAAUUUAGUGUUAAAAUUAUGGUUGGAGAAUAAGUAAUAAGAUCUUAUACCAUUAAUGGCUUAAUACCUGAUUAUCAAUCUGUUGAAAUCUUUUAUUAAGAAACAAAUAUUAUCUUGGUGUAUUAUCAAGAAACCUAAGUUCGAAUUCAAACGUUUGAUCAAAAUUAAAAUUUAAUAAAUGAUGGCUUAUUACCCUUUUCAUAAUUCCCAGAGUUUUAGCUCAAGCCAGAAAACGUGAUUUUAGAACCAAUCUUGGGUUCUUAAUAUUCUCUUACGUUUUAUGAAUAAACUUUCUAAACAAUAGAAAAAAAGGUUUCUUUUAAAUUUUUCAAUGUACGAUUAGAUUCAAUGUUAACAAAAAUAGAUAAUUUUAGGGAUUUCUUUUAGACCCAAGAUUGGAUAUAAUUCAUUGAAAAAAGAAAAAAUUACUUUAUAAUGUUUAAUUUUGCCUAGGUGACGAUUAUAAGAUAGGAUUAAUUUGAAUAUUAAAGCUGUCAGCAAUUUUAAUUGCAUGAUAGGUUUUCAUGCAGCUAAUUUUCAUGCCAAAAUGGAAAUCAAAUUGCAAUAUCUGAAACGUUAUCAAAGGUGUCUUACAUGGAUGAUGUGUAGAAUUCUGGUGGCAAGAUUAUUAAUUAUAAAAUCUAUAAUUAAAAAGCAGGAACUAUAAUUUAAGAAACAACAGUUUUGAAUUAAGGGUUCAGUCGAUAGAGACUCAUUAAAUUGUUCACAUAUACUAAUUCAUUUGCAACAUUUAUAGAACAAUAAAAUUACAAUAUUAAUUCAAAUUAAAGACAAUUGGUAGUUCAAUAUAUAUAUAAUACUGGUAAAAAAAUUGGUGAUUACAUAUAUAUUUGUUCUUAUGAAGAAAAUACUUUCAUGGAAAUAAUCUAAUUCUAAAAUGGAUUCAAAAUAUAUUGGUAGAAAUAAGAAUGUGAUGAUUAGGGAUGUUCUAAUAAUUUAGUAUGGAAUACAUAUGAUAGAGAUAAUGAUUUACCAGAUCCAUCUGAGCCUCAAAUAAUCAUUAAUGAUCCAAUUAAAGAUGGAAAAGGCAUUGAAGUUGCAGAAAAAUGUACUUAAGAGAUGAUGAAAAAACUUAUUAAAUUCNAUCAAAUAAAUAAUUGA